GCCAAAAUAGGAAACUACAAGUAGAUCGAAACUCGACUCGAAAUAGCUUUGAAAGCCGUGAUCGAAUUUCCGACUGGGCAGAAUAUAUGUGUGACGAUUUUCCUUUCAGCUGACUUGAACAGUACGAAAAAAUCUUUUGUAUUCAUUGUCAGAAAGCUGCUGUUACUAUAGUUUUUUUCCCCUAGUAAUGUCCAAAUCGGAAAAUCUCGCCAUCUGGUGAAUAAUAAUUAAAACUAACCGUGGAUAGCUCGACCUUCAAUAUCCUAUAUCACUGAAGGUUUCCUCGCAACACGGAACGGAUUACUUAUCAAUCUUAAUUUAACGCCAGUUCCCGGCUCUUUCAGUCUUUCCUCUGACAUUUUGCUGCAGGGAUUUAUUAGUAGAAGAUUGAUCUUAUAUAAUAAGAAAUGAAAAUACGGUACAUGUAUAAGAUUUCUGGAAAAAAAACUUGGGCAAACAUCAUUUUUCUUCGGCCCUCGGAAAUUGCGUUCAUUAAAUUUAUAUGCAAAUCUGAAUCAAGCAUAUUAUUUAUCCGUUCCAAACAAUCUCCGUUCAUCAGGCUAAGUUUUGCCAUCAGUUUGACUCAAACGAUUUCCAAGGCAACUAAUCCUAAAUGUCUCGGCCUGUCACGCAGUUACAACAGCCCACAUACGAGGCCCAAUUUUCCGCCAUACAGCUAAGAUGAUCAGACAGAUAUAUAUUACAACAGUAAAAAAAAAAAAAAAAAUAUAUGUAUAUUGCUCAAAAUUAAAUUUUUUUUCCCAGAUUCUACGCCAAGACUUAACGUGAAGUGUUUGUGAGGAAUUUAAUGUAGAAACAUAUCACAAACCACCAUUGGGGUUUUCAAUUUAAAGUUAUGAUUACGAUCGUGGUAAAUUGAUUUGUCCUCACCAAACGCCAUUAUUUUCCUUUUUAAUGCAAAUGAAGAAUUAUUUAGAUCAAACAACGAUCAAUCAAGUCCUGUUCGAUCCAUUUUUGUCUGGAAAUAUCAGUUUUACCCUCGGCUGGGCCACAUUUCCCUCUAGGGGCAAUUUUCGAAGAGGUAUUCGUUUAGUGUUCUUGCCAUUGGUUGCUACAAGGAAUAUUGGGUUUGGGAACUUUGAACCACUGAAUGACGCAUUUACAGAAUAGGUCUUUUUCGAUGUUGGGAGAUGGGAACUGGAGCUAGCAGUGGCGGAUCACAGGCAGGAUCAAAUCCAAAUGUAAAAGAAGGCUCCAUACCGUCGACAGAGGACAAAUCAUCGAGGAAAGCGUCUUCUAUAUCGAAAAAACACUCAAACGGUUUCAUUACAUUGAGUUAUGAGCCGACAAAUACACCACUUAUUCGAAAACGAGGCUUCAUCAAGGAAGGAUUUCCUGUGCACGGACUUAUUCAAGACAAAUAUUUCCUAAUAAAAGAUCACUUUGAAGGAAUCGACAAGCUCAAGACCUUGGACAAGUAUGGUGCACCGAAUUUCCGCAAGAGCUGCGGUCCUUAUCCUGUUUAUGGAAUGGGUCAACCGUCAAGAGAUGGGUUAGCUCACGUAAUUCAAUCAUUGGUUGAAAAUGGACACAAGGAGAUAGUGUCGUUUAACUUGCGAGAGGAGCCGGUGAUAUUUGUGGGGCUCAAUCAUGACUUUGUGCCUUACUCGCCCCGGGACCCGAACAGUCUGAAAGGUAACAUCGCUAAUCACGGAGUAAAGCCCGAAGAACUCGCUGACACAGAGCUCAAAAUAAGAGAAGAGAUAAUUAGGUUUUCAAUCGACGAAGGUGGAAAAUUUUAUUUCUACAACAACGUGGAAACAUUUGAAGACGAGCCCCACCCAUAUAAGGUUACAUACGAGGAAGACCUGUGUGUGUUGGAUGAAAUCUAUAGCAGACAGAUCUUUCUCACACCUUUCCUUAGAUAUUCUCGGAUCCCUAUCACUGCCACCAAUGCUCCCGAAGAGCAAGAUUUUGACCAGUUCAUCAGCGCCAUUAAAGACAUUCCUCAGCUAUUCGACAGCAACUCGUCGGCUCCCUUGCCUGCCAUGGUGUUCAACUGUCACGUCGGCCAGGGUCGCACCACUACUGGCAUGGUGAUUGGCUGUUUAAUCAUGUCACACAGGACUGGUUUUCCAUCCGAGGCACACCACAUUCCAAUGCCUGUCGACGAAAACAAUCCAAACCUUGAGAGGGGAGAAUUUAGAAUAAUCCAACAGCUUGUGAAGUAUCUGCCAGGUGGAAAAAAGAUAAAACAAGAGGUGGAUUCUGUGAUUGACAUCUGCUGUGACGUCAUGAACUUGCGAUCUGUCAGUUAUGAGUGCAAAUGUAAACUGGAGGAGAUAAAGGAUGACUAUAAAAUCGAGGGUCAAAGUGCUCGUGAAUACUGGUUGAGAAGAGGUCUGAGUGCCUUAGAGCGAUAUUUCUUUUUGAUCCUCUUCAAUGCAUACUUGCACGAGCAGUUUCCACUUAUGUUUUCACAAACGUUCCGGAAGUGGAUGCAGCAGAGGCCUUGGCUCUACAGAAUGCUGAGUCAUAUUGACGUCAUGGAGAAGGGUGUGACGUCAGAAUUCAUCUCUAAAUACCAAAAUCAAACUUGCCUGGUUUCUGAUGAACAAGAUAGUUUGGAUGUCUUGAGCACCCAGCGGGAAUUUGAGGUUUCAAAUUUUCGUAAAGUUCCCGGAUUACCGAUAUAUGGCAUGUGCCAACCGUCAAGACAGGGACUGCAUCGUGUUUCAAGCUAUCUUCUCGGUCCGAAGUGUCUUCAUCCUAAAGUUGUGUUUUUCAACUUGAGGGAAGACCUUGCUGUAGACUGUGACGGCAGCACGUAUAGUCCGAGAGAGCUCUCUAAUUUAACCGAACAUAUGCCAUUUAGAGGACUGGACACUAGUGAGGUAGAGCACAAGGAGAAUGAAUUAAAAUCAGAAUUGUUAAAGAGAGGAAAGAAACGACCCACACAGGUUUACAAGGAUCUCCACGGCGCGCCUGUUGUGCACGAGUUCAGCAGUGUUCUGACCAUGCGUGAAGCAGCGGAGCUCUGCAUGGCAAAGAAUCCACAGACGUUGUAUUUUAGAAUGCCUUUACCAGAAGACAAAGCUCCAGAGGAGAAGGACUUUGACCGUAUAUUAUCAACUCUUAACAACUUGCAUGAGAUUUACACAGAUGAAGACGGUCCUGCUAUUGUUUUUAACUGCGAGCUAGGCAAGGGUCGAACAACCACGGGCAUGGCAAUUGCUGCACUUAUUUACUGCAACAAGAAGGGUUUUCCAGUGGGUACUAAAGUAGACGAGCAAGAUCCAGCUUGUGUUCCCAAUGCAAAGUACACGCUGGGCGAGUUUUCAGUUAUUCGCCACCUUAAAAGAGUCCUGCCCAGCGGUCCGCAGAGGAAGCGAGAGGUUGAUUAUGUCCUGGACAGAAUCUCAGAGACCAUGACACCAAUGCACUAUCACUCAAGAGAAGUUAUCUUCAGCACUUUUAAUUUGUAUCGUAAUGGCGUCUGCUCUCGACGCGGGGAAAUUCCAGAGUUUCGAAAAAGGAGCCUUUACUUGCUGGAGAGAUAUUUUUAUCUUAUCCUGUUUAACACGUACCUUCACAUGGAGAGAAGAACCAAAUGGCAACGGUCGUUCAGUCAAUGGAUGACUGAAGUUGCAACAGCUGCGGGCGUUUAUGAAAUUCUCGACAAUUUUGGCUUCCACGAUUUUGAAAAAACAGAGGAACGCUUGCGCGCGCUGCGCUGGAGAUGGCGGGAAAGUUACAAGGGGAAGCCGUCAAAUUGAUAAUUUGGGCAGGAAAUGUGAUUUGCGACAAAGCUAGUCUUCUCUUGCAGUAAACUGAGUCCUUGCAAAUUAGACUUUCAUUAACAAAUAUCUAUGUAAUUGAUAUUUAUUAUAAUUUAAUACUAGAGUAAAAUGCGACGUCAGAAUCAUUACAGACUUCUUAAUUGAUCGUUGCAGACCUGAAAAAUGUAAAUAAGUUUUAUUUUAUUUGCCUUAAAAGAUGUUAAGUCUCUUGAAAAGAAUUUUGCAAUGUCCUAUUUUUAGAAAACAAUGUCCUUUAACCUCCUCCGAUCUACCAUGCUGUAGCACUGUGUUUCUAAUACUACUAUGCUUGCAUGGCAAUGCUCACGAGGCUAGGAGAGUAUCAUGGUCUAUUCUCGUAGGCCGUUCUUUGUAAGUGACGCAGUGGUCGCUAAACCAAUCAAAGGGAAGGGGAAAGAAAUCUAAUGAUAGUAAAUAAUUAGCAGGGUUAGGGCAGGUUCUCGCUCUGCGAGUGUUGUUUUCGUUUUGUUAAAUGUCUAGACUGCCCAGCAACAACACCAGCAACAACAAAAACAAAAACAACAACAGCAAACGUAAAGGAAAGAAAAUGAUAUUUAUUCAUAAAUACCGUAGUCACUUUUUUCCAAAGUUUAUACUCAGGAUCCAUCACCAUCCUAAGAAAAAUUCAUUUUGUCCAUGCAAGGUGACGGUGGUCCAGUAAUACGAGAAUAAUACUACAAGUUAAAGUUCAAGACUUGGUUCUGAAUUUUAUUUAAUGUUAUGAACAUAUUAUAUAUAUGCAUCUCGCUGGCGACAUUGUACAUACACAGUAAUGAUAGAAGGAAACACAAUAAACAUGGUUAACUUUA